AAAUAAAGAAAUAUAGAUAUGAAAAACAAUCCAUCUUGCGAAAAGAGCCGACGGGAAGGAUUUUUAACACCAUUACAGUGCAGCAGAAGGGCCAUCUUUCCCCAAUUUUAUCUCUGGCCAGAAUCUUUCCAGUGUUCUAUGCUGUUAUCUGACGUUCUACAUUAUUACUACUUCAAGUCGCAUUCAAUUUACGUAGAAGCUUAGCUGUUCGAUUCUUGCAGAGGCGAAUCAUUUUUUCUUUUUGGUUUUAUUAUAAAGGAUAUAAUGGCUGCCGGCAUGGGCAACGGAACCCUAGAAUCGGAGGGCGCCGUCAAGGAUCUACAGCAGGCGGUUUCAAACGGCGGGCUUGAGGUCAAUCCCGGCGCUAAAAAUGGACCUGUCAGUGCUAAAAAAGCGAAGGAAAUUGAACGGCGACGGAGGAGAAGAAAGCAGAAAAAGAAGAACAGGGCCGCCAAUGGUACACAGUCUGAGAAUGACAGUGAAGGCGAAGAAGAACGAGAUAAUGAUAAAGACGAAAAUAAGUUCCUGGGACAAAUUGAGGUAGAGUAUGUAGUAGAAAAGGCUAGUUUUGAAGAUGAGCUUCUCGAGGACUUCAAACGCGUGUUCCAUUUUUUUUCAUUGGGAGAUGCCAUGGCUGGCGGAAAAAAGGAUGAUGAAGUAAAGGAGGAUGCAGCUUCAAAUCUGGCAGCAAAAAAAAAGUUAGACUCUGAUUCAGAUGAGGAGGAUGAACAAGAAACACAAACUAAAGAAAGAGGGGUCUCAAAUAAGAAGAAAAAGCUUCAGCGUAGAAUGAAAAUUGCUGAGCUUAAGCAACUGUGCUCUAGGCCAGAUGUUGUUGAGGUAUGGGAUGCAACAGCAGCAGAUCCAAAGUUGCUCGUGUAUUUGAAAUCUUAUCGUAAUACUGUUCCUGUUCCCAGACAUUGGUGUCAGAAACGGAAAUUCUUACAGGGAAAGCGUGGUAUUGAGAAGCAACCCUUCCAACUUCCAGACUUCAUUGCUGCAACUGGUAUUGAAAAAAUACGUCAGGCAUACAUUGAGAAAGAGGAUAGUAAGAAGUUGAAGCAGAAACAGAGAGAAAGAAUGCAACCAAAGAUGGGCAAGAUGGACAUCGAUUAUCAGGUUCUGCAUGAUGCUUUUUUUAAGUACCAAACAAAGCCCAAACUAACUACUCAUGGCGAUCUUUACCAUGAAGGCAAAGAAUUUGAGGUGAAGCUGCGGGAGAUGAAACCUGGAGUUCUGUCACGGGAUUUGAAAGAGGCACUUGGCAUGCCUGAGGGUGCACCACCUCCAUGGCUCAUUAAUAUGCAGAGAUAUGGUCCUCCUCCUUCGUAUCCACAUCUAAAGAUAGCAGGUUUAAAUGCACCGAUUCCUCCUGGUGCUAGUUUUGGCUAUCAGCCUGGAGGGUGGGGAAAGCCUCCUGUAGAUGAAUAUGGACGCCCCCUGUAUGGAGAUGUCUUUGGCGUUCAACAACAAGAGCCUGUUACUUAUGAGGAGGAGCCUGUUGACAGGAGUAAACACUGGGGAGACCUGGAGGAAGAAGAGGAAGAGGAAGAGGAAGAAGAGGAAGAAAUGGAUGAAGAAGAGAUUGAGGCUGGAAUCCAGUCAGUUGACAGCCUUUCCAGUACUCCUACUGGUGUUGAAACACCUGAUGUUAUUGAUCUUCGCAAACAACAAAGGAAAGAACCUGAGAAACCAUUAUAUCAAGUACUUGAAGAAAAGGAAGAGCGCAUUGCACCAGGAACACUGCUGGGAACAACUCAUACAUAUGUGCUUGGUGGAACAGAUAAAACAGCUGCGAAACGGGUGGAUCUUUUGCGUGGUCAGAAGUCUGACAAAGUGGAUGUCACACUUAGACCAGAAGAAUUGGAGGCCCUUGAUGAUGUUACUCUUGCUGCUAAGUAUGAGGAAGCUAGAGAGGAAGAAAAAAUGCGACAUCAACGAGAGGAUUUCAGUGACAUGGUGGCAGAGGUUGAAAAGAAGAGAAAACGGAAACUUCAAGAGAAGGAAGGGGGAAAGAAUAAGAAACAAAAGGAUUUCAAAUUUUAAGAAUUUGGAUAUUUUUCCCUUUUCAUGUUUAUGGACAAGAAUUUUGACCCAAUUGAUCUAAUGUUGUUCAGGAAAACCCAUUCUGCCAAUUUGAUAUAUACUGAUUUCUUAUUUGUACAAGGUACUGUGACAUGUAUCGAAGUUGACCAUUUGGAUCUUGAGUUUGUUUGCUGCAGUUGUCAUGCAGAUAACCAUAGAGGAAGGCAAUGCGGUGGGCAUUCAUGAAGAUUUGUCAUUUCUUUUUAAGCUUAUAUUUGGGAACUAAUGGUGAUGUAUCCACUGCAUGAUAUAAGCCACUAAAGUUGUGUAUGUGUUUUGCAAGUUAAUAUCUUAAGUCACUGCAAUUGACUUUCUUA